CGCGGGCCGCAGUCCGUGAAGGGGCGACCCAGUGCGAGGGACCAGCAGCAGCUCUCAGCCGCGUGCGAGCGAGAGAGAAAGAUUGAGAGAGGCAGUCUCAUACCGCAGCUUGAACCAACAAACCUGAAAGCAUUUUUUUUUUAGAUUUUUUUUUAAAGCUUCGAUGAGUACUGUUGUUCCUGUCCUACGUCGGUAUAGUGAUCAACAACCACCACCACCGCGGUACUAAUGCGGACCAAACUCUCCAUCAGCUGACUCUCCACUCACCACCACCACCACCACAACAAAUACAUCCACCACCACAAACACAAGAAGCUACCACCACAAUUACCGCAACCACUAUUACACCAGCUACUCUGCAGGCAUUACUACUGCAACUACUGCUACCUACAACUGGUACUACGGCUUACUACGGCAUCCAGAGCUGCACACCUCAGCCACGCGAGAACCACGGGACCAAAAGCUGGGCCACAAAACAAGGUCACAUCUGCGCCUCCCUUCUCGCGUACACCGUGAACUUUUCGCACACCAAAGGACGUGUGACAGACAGCAGCAGCAGCAGCAGAAGCAGGAGCGGCUUCUAAAGACACAAGAAGCGCCGGCAACCCUGCGUCUCGGCUCGCGUCGCACGGCCGCCCCGGAGACACUCGCCACGCGCCGGUGACCCCUCCGUCGUCCUGCUCUCCGACUCACCCACGACUCAGCCAUGCAUCUCGAAAUCCAGGUGGCGCUCAACUUUGUCAUCUCGUACAUGUACAACAAACUGCCGCGCCGGCGAGUCAACAUAUUCGGCGAGGAGCUGGAAAAGGCACUGAAGGAGAAGUUCGAGGGUCACUGGUACCCAGACAAGCCUAUGAAGGGCUCAGCUUACCGCUGCAUCAAGGCCGGCGACCCAAUCGAUCCCGUCCUGGAGAAGGCGGCGAGAGAGGCAGGUAUGGAAAUCCGGGAGAUCAAAGACAACCUCCCGGAGGACCUGGCAGUCUGGGUUGACCCCGGUGAAGUGUCCUACAGGAUCGGAGAGAAGGGACAGAUCAAGGUCCUGUACUCCGAGGCCGCAGAGUCCGCUACUCAGGAAGAGAACCUCGAUAAGGAAGUGACCAAAACCUUCAACCCCGAGGCGCAGUGCUUCAAGCCCAUCGACAACCUGAGUUCGUCCCUAAGCAACGUGUCGAUCAGCCCAAAGUCCACCUCACCCUACUCGGCCAGCUCGCCCACGCCGCCCUUCAAGCAGCGGGAGACAUCGCCUAUCAACGCCUUCCUCAACAAAAGCUCCGCCCCUCUCACCUUCACCACCGCCACCUUCGCCCAGACAAAGUUCGGCUCUACCAAACUAAAGACGAGCACCAAGCGCGCUAACCGCAUGUCGCCCACCGAGUUCUCCCAUUACAUCAAGCAGCGUCAGAUGAUCCAGCAGCAGCAGCACGUGCAGCAACAACAGCAGCAGCAACAGCAGCAACAGGCGGUGGCGGUGGCGACGGCAGGGUUCGGCAGUCAGUUCCCCCCGUCCAGACCCCGUUCGCUCAGCCCCAACCCGCCACUAGAGCCCCAGGGAGUGUACUUCCCAGGAGGUGCUCCAGGGGGCGGAGCCUACAACCCUUGGGGCCGCGGCAUGUUCGAUCAGGGCUUUACGUCACCGUCCUUCUUCACUGACCUGCUGCCGCCGACGACCCAACAGGCUCCUGGACCCAAGUUCCCGCCCAUGUACGAGCCGCUGAGUGGCAGCAUGAUGGGAGGCACUGCCCCCAGUGCCGCCUCGAUGGGCGCAGGCGAUAAAACGACAGCUCUGAACGAAGGCGUGAUGAGCGUGUACCCUGCCUCCCAAUACCAGCACCUGCUGGUGGCUAACUAGAGGGCGGCGGCCACAGCCACCUCCAGCAGCCGCCCCGACGUCCCCAGCUCCCGCCACCGAACAAAAUCAAAAGGUGUCGCCUGAACUCGAGCGUGUCCCAGCAGGAGGACCGGCGGGCGUGUGGGCGAGUGGGCGGGGCAGCUGGCUGCUGGUCGCCACCGCCCACACCCGCACCACCAGAUCUGACACCACCUGCCAUUAUCCUUCACCUUUUAUAAUUUUGUACUGCCUCAGGUAUAGACGCUUUUGGUUCAUAGUAUAAUGAGGAAGAGCCCGUGUUUCCUAGAACAAUGCAGGAUUGCCUAAGGCUUAGCGGACUAAGGUAAAUGAAAGGUUGACUUUUCAAAGCCGAAGGUUGUGACACUGUACAUAGGUUAUGUUUUGCAAGAACAUUACGAGGGUUCCUCUAACGUAGACGUGGCAAAGAUUGUUCACACUUGUUGUAAGCAUGGAUACGAUUACAUUGUUGUACAAUAUGUACUCUUUAUUAUCAUUAACAAAUAUGGCAUAUAUUUUUCUUACUCGUACAACUAUUAACUAACCGGUACGGUUUCUCUUAAGGUACGAAAACUAAAUAAUUUUGUGAUAAGAUGUGUGAUAGACGAGUGCAGUAGCGGUCCAGUACAAAUAUACACCCAAUCUUGUUAUCCUUACAGGAGACUUCCGUGCCAGUCUUAACAAGGGACUCUAAAAAGUAAAAUCUUAUUUAACCCAAUCAGACGUCACUACGCUACUGUAAACGAAAAAUUAUGAAGAAAAUGCGGUCACUUUUACGAGUCUAUAGAUUAGGUUCCUAAGGUCUGUAGCCCACGCCCUGCCUCACCAGACCGGGGCGUGGGCGGGGGCGGCUCAGGGCAGCCCGAGGGACCUUACAGCUCCCCACGUCCCGAUAAGCAAGGUGACACUUACGUGGCACCGCGUGGCACUUAGGUGACGCUGAGGCGACACUAAGGUGACAAGAUGGGCUCGAGGGUGAACAGGGAACGUGUGCAUGCGAUGACCGGCCAGUGAGUGUGUGUGAGAGAGCGAGAGAAAGAGAGAAAGAUAGGGAGAGCGAAAGUGUAAAGAAGUGGUGAUGGUUUGGAGGGUCUUUGAGGAUAACGUUGACUAUUUUGCUGUUACAUGUUUCAUCUCCCAUAUCGACGGUAGACGAGGGUAGACCAGUAGAUACAUUGUAGCAUACCUGCCCCGUAGGCUCCAACCGCCACUGCGGGGAUUUUAUAUUGAAUGUUAUAUCUGUGUUAGUUUCCAGAAGUUCUCGGUGAUCGUGUGAAUGACGGCUACUAUUUUGGUAAUCUUUCUACCAGGUGUAGUGUAACCCGUGUUCUGUCUGCAAAGAUCCUUUUAAACUCACCCCGGCCGUCGUGCAGCCCUGGACCCGCGAGAGGCGAGGCCGGUGGGCGCAAGGGUCCGGGCCGCACGACGCCUCAUCCAGACUAAAGCAAUGCCAAACUCAGGCUGCAGCAGGUCAGGUCCGGCUGAGCUGCCCCACCACCACCACCUCCUCACCACCUCCACUCACUGGACGCUAAAUUCCUGCCGCAGCGCGUCAGGGCGACAUGUUCGAUACCCAAUUGGCUACGUGCACUGAAUGAGAGGCGAGUCCCGGUACGGCAACCAGCUCAGCCUGGCUCCUGCAAGCCUGAUCGCGAACAGGCUUCACCACAGCUGUUCUUCGCGAUAGAGAAAGCAACUAUUUCUUAAGGUUGGAGUGUGGCGCCGCGAUUUCCCCGGUGCCGAGGCCAAGCGGCCGCCGGGGCGCCGCCCCCUCCGGUUACCAAGCCGCCUCUGGGCGCUCCAAAACAUUAUUACAUAGUUUCAUGGAAGGGCAAAGGCUAAAAAUAUUUGUCAGAGACCCGCCAAAAUUUGAUGGACUUGGGUCUGUUUUUUUGUCAAUAGUCAGAUGAUAUACAUUGUGUAAUUAAGACUGUAAUUAGAUUCGCUUGGAGUGUGGCUGGGUGGGCGGGGUGGGGGCUUCCCUCCUCCCGCCUUCCCCUCAACACCAUCAAACAGGAAAACUGUUUUUGUAACCAUACUUGCAUCUCAAAUUAUUAUUACGCAGCCCAUUCCUCUUUCAUAUAUGAAUUUGUCAUUAUUAUUGUCUUUCUAGUCACAAAGUUACUACUAUUUUUCUAAACCGUGACGCCCCCUGGCUUGCCGGGAUAGACAGGCUGUCUGCAAGUAUAAUAUAAUAUAUUCAUUUUUAUAAUUUCUUAUGUUUUUAUUAUUGUGAAAAAAUUAAUAAAUGUGUAGUUUGCAAAUUUA